CAACUGGACUACAGAAGAUGUGGUGGAAUGGCUCAUUGCCUAUGUGGAGCUGCCACAGUAUGUAGAGGCUUUUAGGAAAUUAAUGCUCAAUGGAAGUGCAAUGCCAAGGUUGGCUAUGAAGAAUGCUACACUGACUGGGUCUAUUUUAAAAAUGGUUGAUCGCAGUCAUGUCCAAAAACUACAGUUGAAAGCUCUUGAUACAGUGUUGUUUGGGCCACCAUUGAUAAAUCGUCACAACCACCUUAAAGACUUCAUGUUGGUGGUGUCAAUUGUUAUUGGAAUGGGAGGCUGCUGGUUUGCAUACAUCCAGAAUCGGUACUCCAAAGAACACAUGAGGAAAAUGAUGAAAGACCUUGAGGGCCUACAAAGAGCAGAACAGAGCCUUCACGACUUACAGCAAAAAUUACAAAUUGCACAAGAGGAGCAUCGUACAGUUGAGGUGGAGAAGGUAACUUUGGAGCAGAAACUAAGAGAUGAAAUUAAUUCAGCCAAACAGGAAGCCCAAAGAUUAAAAGAGCUGAGAGAGGGUACUGAGAAUGAACUCAGUCGACAAAAGUAUGCAGAAGAGGAGCUUGAACAGGUCCGAAUGGCACUAAAAAAAGCUGAAAAAGAGUUGGAAUCACGCUGUAGUUGGUCUCCACCUGAAUCACUACAAAAGUGGCUUCAGCUCACCCAUGAAGUAGAGGUCCAGUAUUAUAAUGUCAAGAAACAAAAUGCUGAACGACAGCUGCUUCUUGCCAAGGAAGGAGCUGAAAAAAUAAAGAAGAAGAGGAACACUCUCUUUGGCACAUUCCAUGUAGCACACAGCAGUUCUCUGGAUGAUGUUGAUCAUAAAAUUCUGUCAGCAAAGCAAGCAUUAAGUGAAGUGACUGCAGCUCUCAGAGAGCGAUUACACAGAUGGCAACAGAUAGAAUUCUUGACUGGUUUCACAAUUGUUAGCAACCCUGGCCUUCCUUUGCUUGCUUCGGCUCUGAACCUGGAUCCAAGUUUCAUGGGUGGCAGACCUACACCCCAGCACUUCAUUAUGACCGAUGAUGUAGAUGAUAUGGAUGAGGAAAUGAUGUCUCCAGGAACUCUUCAAUCUCCUAGCAUGCUUUCCUUGAGGCAGCGGCACAUAGACCCACAGAUGGCCAUGGGCUCCCAGAGGUUGGUAGAGAGUUGUUUUGGCCCAGGGCAGCAGGGUGAGGGAACACCUUAUCAAGCAAGAGCUAGGGUGUCUCUGCGACAAGCACGCAGUCUUUCUUUGGGACAGUAUGAAACCUUUGGAUCUUCGGCUUCCACUCAUCCCUCUGUGAUCUGUGCAUCUUCCUCAUCUUGUUCACCCUCUUCUUCCUGUAGCUCUUCCCCUGCUCACCCUGUAUUCCACCAUUACUCCCCCCAUUUUCAGCCAAUGGACACUAUUCCUGACCUUCCCCUUCCGGACAUCACCUAUGGAGUGCUUCAGCGAACGGAAAGCUUUGGGGAUCUGAAUCGUUCGGAUUCUGAUUCUUCCCUCUCCCAGCUUAGUGAGCAUCCUCGGCUAUCCAGCUCUUUUGGGUCUAGCUCAAAGUCGCCACCCAUUAAACCUGCAUCUUUCCUUCACAAUCCUUCUGCCAGAUUGGAGGAGAUACCAAUAAUUCAAAGCCACACUCCCAAUGGUGGGAAUCGACUCCAUGAAGGAGGAGGAGGAUUGACAGAGAGUCUGUGUGACAGCCCUUUAGUGAUGAAGAAGAUCUACUCUCAUGGAAUGGAAAAAUCAGCUAGUCUGGGUGAGAUCAACAGCAUAAUGGCAGGGCUUUCACAGUCUGAGUCAUCUCGGUCCUUGAGCCCCACUUCCACAGAGCCAGACACACCAUCUCCAACUGGGGAUCCCAAAGUAGGAACAGGUAGUAAAUCCAGUCGCAUCCCUCAGCUUUCAUCUAAGAAGAGCCCCAUUGAAGAAGACAGCGGCUCCACAGGAGAGGACACUGACAGUAAUGUCAGUCGAAAGAAACUCCCCAAUUUCAAAAUCUUUAAGAAACAGAAAAAGUAAUCUGUUUAGGCGUUAUAUGGCUGUUGUUUUUUAUGGAAUUGGAAUAAUUUGUUUAUGUUUGGGUAUGGGGAAAAUAAAUAUAAAAUUUAAAGGUGUUUUAUAUGUUAAAAAACAUCAGUAGAACAAGAAAGCACUGGAUUACAAUUGCUUUGAACUAUGUGCUGCAAUUGAAGUUUAAGAUAGCUAAAAAAUUGUGGGAGCAAUCAACAUUUCUUUUACAUUUUCAGAUUAUUAUUAAUUGCACCUAUGAAAUGGGACAUGUAUGAAUGUAAAGUGCUGUGUAUUCUGCAGGAAGAAGUGCCAGGUAUUUUACAAGCUUCUAAGGGAAAUGUAUCUCCAAAUAAUAUAUGUUCAUAUGGAUUUUUUGUUUGUUUGCAUGCUUUCAUUGAUUUAUUUUCGUAUAGUUUAGAUGCACUGGGUAUUAAUGGGGAAAAAAAAUUACAGUUACUCUUUGACUGUGGUAAUUUUUCAUGUAACUGUUUAAUACACAUAAAAUAUUCUAGUUGUAUGUGAAAUAGAUGUAACCUGGGGGAUUUAAGAUAUGUCAGCAAAUAGAAUACUGAUUAGCUUCUUUCUCUGUGUUCAAUAAUUAUUACAUUGAAAUUUUAGGGGUUAUUUUCAAAUGUCAGAUUCUUUUUUGCUUUAUAUUACCAAUAUGCUACUUUUUCAUUUUUAAAUGUUCUUCAAAAUAUUGGUUGUCUCAGGCAUGCAUAGUUCCAUAAGAGCAGCAACUACAUUUCACACAUGGUUAAAAGUCUGCAAAGAUUUGAUGUUUGUAAUAGUAUGCAUACAUUUAAACCAACUUAAGAAAAGUUUUUUUCACACCAAUUGCUGUAUUUUCAAAAUGGAAAUUGUUUUGCCAAAGAUUUUUGAUUCACACGGUUAUAACAAAUCUUUUAUUUAGGAAAUACAGUACUAGUGUACAUAGCUAUUACAACAAUUAUCAUACUAGUAAGAUUGGAGUCUUCGUAUUUUUAUACAUUUUAGUCUUUGUUUUACUGCUGCUUGUAAAACAGUCAUUCACUAGAAUGAUUUUCAGUGAUAUUUAAAGUUAAGAUAAUAGAUAAUUUGCAUUCAGAUAUUAACAUGUGACAUUAGGAGUAUGUGCAUUCCUUUUUACAAAUGUAAUGAAAAUAUUUAUUUUGAUCAAAACUAACUUGGCUUUUCCUAAUGGCUGUCUUGCUGACUUUUGCAAUGCAGCAUUGACAGAUGGUUUGAUUGCCUUAACGUAAUUAUUUCUGAGCUCACAGUUCAGCAGUAUUUUAUAAAAUAAAAUUCCAAAAAUAAAAAAUCCACAUUUUAAUGUGUCUAUGAAAUACUUAAACUGAAGCAUCUUCAACAAGUGAUUUAAAAUGGUUUUCAACUUUUUUUUCAUCACUAAUGAGGAUCAGCUUUCAGAGUAAAAACAAGAACAAAGGGUAAACUAAGUGCAGUUCUUCAUUAAAUGUUAUGCAUAUCUUUUAGUAAAAUGAAUAAUAUGUUUUGAUUUCUUGGUGGAUGUGUCAGGGCACCACCACUGUCAAGCUUCUUUAAGAUUUUACUGAACAGUAUUGCCUUCUUAGAAUAUCUCUCCUUGUUUUCUUCCUUUCUUUCGUGUGUAUACUCACACAUUGUAAAAUAAAAGCAGAAAGGAAAUAAAUAUAUUUUAAUAAAGCUUUUUUGGUCUUUACACAUUUUCGUUUUUUUAAGUGUUUAAAAUAUAAUUAAAUAAUAAUGAAAUAUUCAUAUUGUACAAAAAGGUUGUAAUUGAUUUGUCAGAGCAGUAAUUGAAUAGAAAUAUUAGUGCUACUUUCUCCAUAAAAGAUUAAUAUAUGUUAAAAUGGUUAAAUUGUGUUUCCUCAAAGGAAAUAUGUAAUUUUAAUUCAUUUUAUAUUAUAAUUCAACCAUUUUUUAAAAUCUUUUUAUUUUGUGGAAAAAAAUUUCAUACAUGUCCAAAUUAUGAUAGCUAUGUCAUACACUAUAAUGUUGUAUUUUGUUAACAAUUUCAAUCAAUAUUUUUACUAGAGCCAGUAUUAUAACAUAAUGAUUUGCUAAGAAUCACACAUUCAUUCAAAUUUUAAAGUGAAGUCCUUUCAUAAUAACACUUGCCUAAUAGUAAUAAAAUAAUUACUAAAUGGCUUCACUGCCAAUUAAAAUACGACUAUCUUGACAUUCUCUUAAAAUUGCUACAGAAUACAGAAGGUCUCUCAAAUAUCUUUAGUAAUAAAAAGUAAGAAGGAUAAUGUUAAACUGAAUUAGUAUAUCUAAAAAGUGUUUUUAAAUCAUCAUCAGUGCUACAUUUUAUAUCCAAACUGAGGAAGUAGCAUAAAUUCUGAUGUCAGUCAAUUUCUACCAAUAAUUGAUUAAAAAGACACACAGUGCAAGGACCUGUGAAUUUAAAAAUAGUGUUCUAUAUACUCCCCCACUCAUUAAAUCAUGGCAGUUGAAAAUUCAAAGAGUGUGUAUGUAGGAAGGAGAGAAAAUUAAAAAAUUACACUAGAAAUGUUAUGAUCGAAAACCUUAUAUAAAAAGUCAAACGUAGAAAUAAAAAAUUGCAAUUUUUUUCAGUGAGGUUUUCAUUACUUGUACAAGCAUGUACAUGUUUGUUUUUCAUUUUUUAAACUGCAAGAAAAGCUACAAGUCAAAAGCAAAUUAAUUACUAAGUUCAAACACAUAUGCUGUAUAUUGUAUGGGUUCUUCAGGAGUGUUUGUUUAUUGACAUGGCAAUAUGCAAAAUUGGUUUAUUUUUGGUUAAAUGUGUAUGAGUGCACUCUGUUUUCUUUUCUGAAGCUCUCAUUCCACCCUUAAACGUAGUUCAAGUAGGACACUUGUAAUUUCCAUCCAUUAUCCAACCCGCUAUAUCCUAACUACAUUCGCUUGCCAUAAUUAGAUCAGUGUGUUGACAUUUUGUACUGUACCUUUAGAAAACCUAAAACUUCAUUGCAAACAGCACAGUGUAUUCAAAGAAGCAAACGUUGCACACCUGGAGUGGUUUGUACAAGAACAAGAAGGCUGCCAGGUUAUUAACAUACCUGCUACAAUAUUUAGCCUGCCUUCUAAUUGAUCAUUUGUGUUAAAAACAGGACAGUGAUAGAAAAGUCUGGCAAUGUUACAAUAUACAGAAACAUUUCUUUGACUUUAUAUGGGCUAUGACACCAUUGCAUAUGUUGGAAUGGAUUGUAGUUCUUUAUAUAUUGACUUAGUUAUUGUGUAUAACAUUUCUGAAACUAGAGUAUCAGGGCACUGUUGGUUUUAAAUAAUUUCCCUUCAUUUUAUAGUGUGUGUUUUAAUUUCUGAAAUAGCAUAAUGUAAUGUUUCAGCAUUUGUAGGUUCCAUCUGUUUUAUAUUUCCUUAAUAGGUAGUUUCAGAAGAACAGGCUUUAAAAGAUAUACUGCAUUACUGUGGCUGAAAUUAAUGUCACAUUAAACAGCUUUUAGUCAUCGGUUAUGUCUGACCUGCCAACUGUAGUUGCUGAUCUAAAUAACUGCAAAUUGCAGGGUAUGUCUAAUUUACAGACUGUGUGCUGAACGUUUAGCGCAGUCAUGCUUGCCCCAUUUUGUGGCAGCCAAUAGCAUGCUGCCUGAUGAAGCCAGCGCUGUACUAAAGGUUAACAUCAACUCUGAGCUCAGCUGCAGUCUCUGUCCCAUCUUUCUUUUUCUCAUUCUGCCAUGGUCUAUUAAACUCAAGACAUCAUACAGAUUGACUUUUCUUCUGUUUUUGAGAUCCAAAACAAGCAUGUCCCCUAUUCCACAUUGCUGCAUUUUGUGCACUGUACUUCAGGAUGAGCAUUCAUUGACUGUCAGCUGACAUGCACACAGAGUCACAUGUACAACUAAAGAGACAAUCUAACCUGUUUGAGUGAGUUGUGGACUAGUUAGUGACUCGCUGGGUAUGUCACAUUAUGCGAAUGGCGUGAGCACACAGUGGCUGCCUCUGACUUGCUAACAUUAAGAAAAUGAACGCUAUAACUGGGAAACACUGGAACAGUUGCAUAAUGUAGCCUUAAUGGCGAUAUUGAGAUAAGUUUGUUUCGGCCCAUUGCUUGGAAUUCAAAUGCACUUUGUGAAAAAGCCUAUAAUGUCAUUCUUGUGGGAUAUAAAAUGUCAAAAUCCGAUCUGCAUUGUGAGAGGUGUUUCGCUAUAUCCUAGGUAUUGUUUAGGCAGGUACACUUAGCAGAGAUAGUUACAUAAUUUGUACGAAAAUUAGUUGGUUUUUGAAAUCCACUUUCCUUUUCCUUGUAAAUAUGAGUGUGUGCAGACUGACUUCAGAUGCAUGACAACUGUAGUACAGUACUAGCUUCAUAUGUCUAAUCAAUAGAUUUUUAAAAAAUUAUAUAUUUUUAUAAAUAUUUGCUUAUUUACCGCCAUUCAGUAGGCUUGCUUCCAACAUUAGUUUGGGUAUACAUCUAUAGAGCCAAGUGUUAAAAAUACAGCUCCUGGCUAAAAAGCACAUGGUAGUCAGACUAUAUACUUGAUAAAAUAAAAGUGCAAAUUUCAGCACGGCAAAUGAUUGUCUCUUCUGUGAGUAAAGGUUUACCAUUGUUUUCCACACUUCAUAAUCCUAGUGUGGAUCUUGCACAAAUGAUGGCUGUCAGGAUAGUGUACAUUGUGCUAUAGUUGUUUUCAAGCAUGCAUCAAUAUUUUGUGUUCUUUUUAUAUUAAAAAAAAAAAAAAGCUGCAUAACAUGAAAUGUGUUGAAAGUUAACUAAAAAUAUGAAACUGAAAUGCAGUUCCUUUGUGCCUUUUACUGUAAGUCGAUAAAAAAAAACACCCAAGUAAGCGAAACCGGAACCUUUGGCACUUUAGUGUUGUCUUCACCGCUUACAAGCUGUCAGGAAAAUCUGUUAGCAAAAAUGCAAAUGAAUGCUGCAUUCUGGGCUAAUUUGGUCAGUUACUAAUGUGUAUGUUGAACUUCACCCUUGUUUUGUUAAAGACAGACCCCCAACUCCUUGUCAAUUUCCCACCCUUUCCUAAAUUUUUACACCUGUUGUUCUUUUUUUCUGUUCUGAAUAUGUAACUGUAAUAAAAUGAAGCUGCAUCACAUUGUGAUUAUUCAGCAAAACAUAUUAGUGCUAAAUUUUUGUUUGUGUGAAAUAGUCAAGCAAUGAAAAUGGAGCAUGCACUGUGGUCCUGGAAAAUUCAAGUAUUCCCAUCUGCACAAGAUGCAGCAGUUUCAAGCAUGUGACUUAGGUGAUAUCUGUUCAUCCUCUUCCUUUCAGGUAAAUUGUUAUAUUUCUGAUAUUUUACCGCAUGUCUUCUUCUGUCUUAGCAUAUCUUGUUGAGGGUGACAAGUGUUUGGUUUUUUUUCUUCCUGUUUUCCUCCCUCCCAAAAUUGCUGUUGUCCCUCCUCUUCUAAAAGGUUGUGUGUAUAUGUACUGUACUGUACACAUUCUAUAUAUACACACAUACACAUUUGUAUAUUUAUUUAUAUAUAUAUAUAUAUAUAUUUCUUUUUUAAUAAUGGGUUUUGCAUCCUCUGUAACUUUUUGGGACCUUGACUCAAGCAAAAUUUAUGGCACUCCUGCAUGAAAGCAAUAAACUAUUUUGAAUGAUCAUAUUAAAUGUGCUGAUUUAGUAAGAAA